UCAUUCCUUUUAAGCCUUGAGCCAACUAACUCCUCUUAUUUACAUCUUUUCGAUAUCUCACUCUGUUAUGCAGAGAACAGAAAAUGAGCUUCUGUUAUAUAAUGUAAGUUCAUCUUAUAGUUCUUUCUUUUUUUUUUGGAAAUGGGCAACUGUAUUCAAACUCAGAGGGGUACAAACACUGCUUUAGAACCCAAACGCUUGAGCCAUGACAACGGUACUGAGACUGUGGUGAUCAAUAUCCCAAUUCAGGAAAGCUCCAUCAGUUCACAGCGCCAAAUUUCAGAGAUCAGUGUAAUCAAGCCUCCGACAUCGAGUUUCCCAGAACCAAGUAGCAAAGAAGAGGUGUUUUAUGAUUCUAUUGUCUCCAUAGAAUCUGAUUUUGAAGACUUCUACAGUGCCAAUGGUGAUACUACACCGUCUUCAGACGACACGACAAUCCACAUAAGUAGAGAAGGAGAAACCUUUCAAGCCGAAAAUACCAUUUCCAUUGAUAACACAACAGACUCCCAACGCGGACCCUCUUCAAACAAGCUUCUAAUCGAGUAUCUUGAUCACGAAAGCUUCAACAGCGAUGGCAAUCAAAUGUCAAGUCAGAAGGCAGAUCACGAAGCUGAUCCCUCCAUUAGUAAUCUCUCUUCAAACUCGUCGAAUAAAGGCUCAAACAUGUCCAUAGUAAACCUUGUUCGUAGAGGUAAAAGAAGUCAAAACAAUACAAGUUCCAACUCAGAGAGCAUAUCAAAUGCAAGACGGCCUGCAAAGUCCUGUCUUUCAAAUCUGGUCCAAAGUCUGAGCUUUAGCCAGAAGAAGAAGGCGAUUAGUACCGCUUAGAUAACGUGUGGUAGGAAAACAGCUAUUAGGCAUUUUGAUCUGUAGCACUAUGAAGAAGUUUGCAUUGGAAUUCCUCACACGUGCAGCCACGUUUCUUUCCUAGGUUUCUUUUUCUUUCGAGUGAUUGAUUGAUUUGCGAGAGUUGGAUUUUGACAUUUUUGUGCUGGCUGCCGAGUUCUAGCUGAGGCUUUCCCAUUUCAUGGUUUUCAUGGACCAGAAAAGAAGAUUUUGUGACACAACCACU